UUUUUUUUUUUAAAUCCAGAGGUUCUUUGAAAAUUUGAAUCCCAUGCAAGAUAAAAUGGAAAAGGAAUUUGAUGAUUAUUUGUUCAAUAAGUCAUUGGAAAUAGAGCCUCGCAAUGCCAAGUCAUUACCAAGAUUUGCUAAGAAAUACAGCUGUCCUAUGAAGUCUCCUGGUGUACGACCCUCAAUCGUUAGGGCCAGUACCGUGAGACACCCGACUCCGCUACAGAACGAGCCGCGCAAAAUCAGUUACAGCCGAAUCCCCGACAGCGAAAUGGAAAGCACGCCAUCCGCUCCUAACUCCCCUCGGACACCCCUGACUCCUCCCCCGGCAUCCACGGCAUCCAGCACAACGGACAUCUGCAGCGUCUUCGACUCCGGACCGCCCAGCCCCUUCCAUUCAAACAGCGAUACCAUCUUUGCCUCAGUUUCACUGCCCCACGGCCCAAGUUAGUAUCAGGUUUCAGUUGCCUGCUUCAGCCCAGCACCACAGAACUGCAUUCCUUAUGUCAAGCUUUAGCCUCCCUGCUGCUGACGCACUCCUGUGUAAAAGUCCAACGCCAUGCAUGCCUAACCAUCAGGGACUCCCAUCAUUCCUUGUGACGACUCUUACUGUUACAAAGCCAUGUUCUUGUCAGAUACAUUCAUAUGCUUUACUGUGGCUUUUUCAGUCCAUUCCAUUCUAGUCAUGGCUGGUCUAUAUGUCUUUAACCAAAUCUUCCAGGUCCAAACAGAUAAUUAAGGAACUGAUUUGUGCCCUGGACUGGAAGAACAAAGAGUGUGGGUUUUUUAAAAGUCCUUUUUGAUGUCUGAGUUACACCCAUAACUCUGCAUUUUUAAAUUUGUGUUUGGAUUGAAAAUACUGGCAUACCAAAACAACCUGUGAAGAAACUGGCUUUCAUGAACUACCUAUGCAGUAGUAAAAUGAAUGUGAACAGCAAAAGAGAUUAAAGGUAGUUAACACAGAAUUCCGUACAUAUGAAACUUACUCCCUUAAAAAAAGAAAAGAGUUCAGUUUUAAUCAAGUACGGUCUAACGUCUCAAGAGGCACCAUCUGCCACUUGCCACAGUUCUGAGCCUCCCUCCUGUUUUAAACUUUUCCAUAUGAGAUC